AUGGCGUUGAAGCGAAUCAACAAAGAACUCACAGAUCUCGGCCGUGAUCCUCCCUCAUCAUGCUCAGCUGGUCCCAUAGGAGAUGAUCUGUUCCACUGGCAAGCGACAAUCAUGGGUCCCGGCGACAGUCCUUUCCAGGGCGGUGUUUUCUUCCUCUCAAUCCACUUUCCCACAGACUACCCCUUCAAGCCACCGAAGGUCAACUUCACCACCCGAAUCUACCACCCCAACAUCAACUCCAACGGCAGUAUCUGUUUGGACAUUCUCCGAGACCAAUGGAGCCCCGCAUUGACGAUAUCUAAAGUGCUGCUGUCCAUCUGCUCCAUGCUCACAGAUCCCAACCCCGAUGAUCCUCUCGUUCCGGAAAUCGCACACGUGUACAAGACCGACCGUGCCCGCUAUGAAGCGACGGCCAGAGAAUGGACGAGAAAGUUUGCAAUCUAG